GUCAAAUUGCAGAACCGCAGCAGUGAUCCGAGUCAGCCUAUUCACCUCCUGAGGUUCUCGAACGGCAGCUGCCCGUUGCACAGGCCAGCCACUGUCAAACUAGGCUCGGAGCUAAACUGCCGAGAAAAAGAUAGAGCGCGGAGAGAUGAGGAAUGAUUGCAGGAACAGUGGGAGUAGGGCUGGCAGCCGUACCCGUGCCGUCAACGUUCCAACUUGAAGUUUACAGAUACGGUGUACGGGUACACCGUAACCGUAAACGACCGUAAGUGGUACGGGCGAUGUUCGUCUGGCUUAUUCAGAGUCAUUCUAGCUUGUUUGCACUUUUUUUGCUUGUACAGGUUCAUUCUCAGGCUGAUUUGCGCGCACUCAUUUCGGCUUGCACCCACUGGCGGCCCGCGGGUAUCCGAGUCAUGGUUAUCAGGGGUUUGAAGCCUGAGUCCGAAGUUGUAAUACUGCGGCAGUACUACUACUACUUCGGACUUCAAAGUUCAAAUUCGAGAUCACCGCGACCAGGAUUUCUAAGAGGAAGAACCUGUGUUAAAGUAGAUGAUGUCGUUAUCAAUCUUCAGCAAAAGUCAUCAACGGUUCGGUAUAUACGGAGAAGAGCGCCACGCUUCCCACCUGUAGUCUAGAUUCACAACCAUGAUCAGAACGUACAUGGCACACUCAACAUCACAUGCGUGCACUCGUAGCAUGUCACUUCAGAUCGGAUGCCUGACUCACUGUGCGUGGACGAUGAUGGUGGCAUGAUUGCCAUGAGUCAUGUCAGGCAAAUUCUCCAUAACGUGCCGCAAGCUCGUCGAACUUGAGACUUCAAAAAGUCCAAAGAAGUUGCGUUUCAGAUGACCCGGCGUCAUGAGGAAGCUUUUGAUCCGACACCACCAGCGAAACGGCAGGCACGAGCACAGACGAAGAUGAUCAGAAGACGACGAAGCUGCAGUUAUGGCAAGUCAAGCACGAUGAUCAACAGCUGAGUGACGUAUUUCUCGUUUAUAUGACG